GCGAGAUCAGGCUUGGCGCCGUGACCUCCAUGUGGGAGCUCCAGCUCUAUAAGUAAACACACCGCGCGGCGCAGAUAUGGCUCCUUCUUAUUUGUGAAGUGGGGGCUGCGGCAGCUGCGGCGCCUCGGACUAGUUCCGGUUUUCCUUCCUGUUCCCCUCCGCUGGGCGGGCACGCAGUCUUCGGGCUGCCGCUGCCGCCUGUCGGGGCAGGCGUCUGGUCGGUCCUCCUCUUUGCGCGCGCCUGCUGCGGGGACCGGAGCACCAGGGCAGCGGCGCGGGCCGUUCGGGGCGCGGCGCCCCGAGCCGACGGGGAGACAAAGGGGGGCGGCCCCUCUGCGGGCACCACGAUGUGGAUCCAGGUGCGCACUAUCGACGGCUCCCAGACGCGCACCAUCGAGGACGUGUCCCGCAAAGCCACCAUCGAGGAGCUGCGCGAGCGGGUGUGGGCACUGUUCGACGUGCGGCCCGAAUGCCAGCGUCUCUUUUACCGGGGCAAACAGUUGGAAAAUGGAUACACUUUAUUCGACUAUGAUGUUGGACUGAAUGAUAUAAUUCAGCUACUCGUUCGCCCAGACCCCGAUCUUCCUAGCACAUCUAAACAGACUGAUGCACAGGUCAAACCCUGUUCUAAUAGUCCUCCCAAAGCAAAGAAAACCCCGAGGGUGGGACCUUCCAGUCAGCCGUCUACAUCAGCUCAUGCGUUUCUUAUUGAUCCUGGCAUUGGACUAUAUAAGGUAAAUGAAUUGGUGGAUGCCAGAGAUGUCGGCCUUGGUGCUUGGUUUGAAGCACAUAUACGUAGUGUCACUAGAGCUUCUGACGGACAUUCACGUGGCAAAACUCCACUGAAGAACAGCAGUUCUUCUAAAAGGACUCAGGGACAUGUAAAUCACACUCCCAAAGAGAACGCAAACACACGGGACAGUGUACCCUCUACGUCUAAUUCAGACUCUGUUGCUGCUGAUGAAGACGUUAUUUAUCAUAUCACGUAUGAUGAAUAUCCGGAAAGUGGAACUCUAGAAAUGAGUGUCAAGGAUCUUCGCCCACGAGCUAGAACCACUCUGAAAUGGAAUGAACUCAAUGUUGGCGACAUGGUAAUGGUUAAUUACAAUGUAGAAAGUCCUGGAGAAAGAGGAUUUUGGUUUGAUGCAGAAAUUACCACAUUGAAGACAAUUUCAAGGACCAAAAAAGAACUGCGUGUAAAAAUUUUCCUGGGGGGUUCAGAAGGAACAUUAAAUGACUGCAGGAUAAUAUUUACAGAUGAAAUCUUCAAGAUUGAGAAACCUGGAGCCCAUCCACUUUCAUUUGCAGAUGGAAAAUUUUUAAGGAAAAAUGACCCUGAAUGUGACCUGUGUGGUGGAGACCCAGAUAAGAAAUGCCAUGCUUGCUCCUGCCAUGUAUGCGGUGGAAAACAUGAGCCCAGCAUGCAGCUUCUAUGUGAUGAGUGUAAUAUGGCCUUUCAUAUUUACUGUCUGAAUCCACCUUUGGAUAAGAUCCCAGAAGAGGAAUACUGGUAUUGUCCUUCCUGUAAAACGGAUUCCAGUGAAGUUGUGAAGGCUGGUGAAAGACUUAAGAUGAGUAAAAAGAAAGCAAAGAUGCCAUCAGCUAGUACUGAAAGCCGGAGAGAUUGGGGCAGGGGAAUGGCCUGUGUUGGUCGUACUAGAGAAUGUACUAUUGUCCCUUCUAAUCAUUAUGGACCUAUUCCUGGGAUUCCUGUUGGAUCAACUUGGAGAUUUAGAGUUCAGGUGAGCGAAGCAGGUGUCCAUAGGCCCCAUGUUGGUGGAAUUCAUGGUCGAAGUAAUGAUGGGGCUUACUCUCUUGUCCUGGCUGGUGGAUUUGCGGAUGAAGUAGACCGAGGGGAUGAGUUCACAUACACUGGGAGUGGUGGUAAAAACCUUGCUGGUAAUAAAAGGAUUGGUGCCCCAUCAGCGGAUCAGACACUGACAAACAUGAACAGGGCAUUGGCCCUAAACUGUGAUGCUCCAUUGGAUGAUAAAAUUGGAGCAGAGUCUCGGAAUUGGAGAGCUGGUAAGCCAGUCAGAGUGAUACGCAGUUUUAAAGGGAGGAAGAUCAGCAAAUAUGCUCCUGAAGAAGGCAACAGAUAUGAUGGCAUUUAUAAGGUGGUGAAAUACUGGCCAGAGAUUUCAUCAAGUCAUGGAUUCUUGGUUUGGCGCUAUCUUUUAAGAAGAGAUGAUGUUGAACCUGCUCCUUGGACCUCAGAAGGAAUAGAACGGUCGAGGAGAUUGUGUCUCCGUUUACAGUAUCCAGCAGGUUAUCCUUCAGAUAAGGAAGGGAAGAAGACGAAAGGACAGUCAAAGAAACAGACCAGUGAAAACUCAAAAAGGCCUAAUCCAGAUGAUGAGUGUCCAAGUGCCUCCAAAGUGGUCAAGGCAUCAGACUCAGCAGAAGCAGUUGAGGCUUUCCAGCUCACCCCUCAACAGCAACAUCUGAUCCGAGAAGAUCGUCACAACCAGAAGCUGUGGGAUGAAGUGCUCUCAUCUCUUGUGGAAGGACCGAAUUUUCUGAAAAAAUUGGAACAGUCUUUUAUGUGUGUCUGCUGCCAGGAGCUGGUUUACCAGCCUGUGACAACAGAGUGCCUCCACAACGUUUGUAAAAAUUGCUUACAGCGCUCCUUUAAGGCACAGGUUUUCUCCUGCCCUGCUUGCCGGCAUGACCUUGGCCAGAAUUACAUCAUGAUUCUUAAUGAGAACCUGCAGACUCUACUUGACCUUUUCUUCCCUGGCUACAGCAAAGGACGAUGAUCUGUCUACUUCAACCAUGUUGCUCCUGGUGGCGUUUCAGACAAUAUAGAGAAUCUAAAAUGGGUGGGAAGGGUGGAAGCGAUGUGGACCCUGUUUCUCAUGUUCUGAAGCAGCUAAUCCUCUUUACCACAUAGCCAUCAUCUUGUGUGUGUAGCAAGAGGCCCAUUGCUCGACUGUCUUUUAAAUAUCAAAAGGUAGUUCUGCCAGUAACAACUAGUUCUAAUGAGUAAAAAGUUAAAGCCUCAGCCCUAGUUGAUAUCCAAGUUAUGAUUUAUUUUGCAACUACCUCAGGACAGAAAAGAUUUGUGGGGAUUUUUAAAAUCAUUGAAUAAUUAGUCAAAUGAAAUUUUAGCUACUCACUGCCUCCCAGAUAUUGGUUGUGCCUGAUUCAUGUAAUUUGAUUACGAAAAAGGAAAUGGCACUUGACAGUUGUCAUGAACGCAGCCUGCUUCUGUGCUGUUCAUAAUCCUUUUUUACAAUGUCUCUUCUUCCAUUUCAAUGUCCGUUUUGCAAUGAUGGCUUCAUUUUUUAGCCCAUUUGUGAGCUCCAUUGUGCUUUUUUUCUGGUGUUUUAUGUAAGUUGACUACUAAUGACUAAUGAGAAUAUGGAUGCAUUGUUGCUGCUUUAGUGUAAUGUGGUGUGGUUUUGCACUUAAAGCUGAUACUCCGAUGCUGUAGUUACAAACGCUCGUGAGAAGCCACAGUUGUACCUUCCAGCUGUGGAGUCAGUCUCACCAGUGGUUUUACAUCUGAAGAGCAUUGAGGACAGUGCUGACCGUCAAGAGGAUUGCGAUUGCUUCAUACUGUGAUCUUACAUUUUAUAUUCACUAUAUUCCCUAAAGUAUACCUUAAUAAAUAUUUUAUGUCCAGAAAAA